UCCUGUACAGUCCGAUACUUAUAGGCAUCAGAAACAGAGCUGCUUUCAAAAAAAAAAAAACAGAGCCAGCUAAAUUACCGCAGAGAGAGAGCCAGACAUGGGCGGUGCCGUGAAGGUGUACGGGGUGGGGGCGUCUCCGUUCGUGGCGACGGUGCUCUUGUGCCUGGAGGAGACGGGCGCAGACUACGAGCUCGUCCCCCUCGACAUGGCGGCGCGUGAGCAGAGGGCCGAGCCACACCUCUCCCGAAACCCUUUCGGGAAGAUCCCAGUGUUAGAGGACGGAGAGCUGACUCUCUUCGAAUCGCGCGCGAUUUCUCGGUACGUGCUCCGCAAGUACGGAGGCACCAACCCCACCACCGAUCUUCUAAGGGAAUCCAGCCUCGAGGAAUCAGCCAUGGUGGACGUGUGGACGGAGGUGGAGGCCCACCAGUACCAGCCGGCCAUCGAACACAUCGUCCAGCAGUGCGUCAUCCUGCCGUUCAUCGGCGGCGCGCGAGACCAGGCCGUUGUCGACGAUAACGUGGGGAAGCUGAAGAAGGUCCUGGACGUGCAUGAGGCGCGGCUGUCGACGCACGCGUACCUCGCCGGAGAUUUCUUCAGCCUCGCCGACCUCGUCCACUUCGGUAUCACCUACUACCUGGUGGCCGGAACCGAGUACGCCACGUUGCUGGAGUCGCGCGCGAACGUGUGGGCGUGGUGCGGGCGGAUCAUGGCCAGGCCGUCGGUCAAGAAGGUGGCGCCGUUAAUCCAGCUCUGGUUGAAGCCAUCUUCGUCUGCUUAAAUUCAAUAUCGUAAAUUCGUAUGUGUAUCUUCAUUGAUUAAUCUGCUGCGACUAGCUACCUCAAAUUCAGGAUACCUUCGCUCUUACGAAGGAACAUUCUGUUUCCACAUUCCUAAUCGCAAGUACAAUAAGUCUAAUCGAGCA